AAAAAACUAGGUCAAUCAUGAUUAGAAAUUUAUUUUUUCCUUUAAUACGGGUAUAUUUGCUUGUAAAAUUAGUUUUUUGCGCUUAAUUAAAGAUAGUAAUUUAUUUAAUUAUAAAGAUUAGAAAUGAAAAUCGAAUAAAAUUGAAAAUAUUUUUAUUUUGAACAUCCGGGAACAUCUCCGUAGAAGUGUCUUCAUUGGUUGCUUAGCAACGGCAUCAAUCAAAAUUCAAAAUAAAUGAGCGUAAACAUGGCACCGAUUGCAGACGAUUUUCUAAUGGAUUCUAACAAGAAUUUGGUAAUUUUUAACGCCUCAAAACAAGAACAAUUCAAAGUAAACGAUAAUUACAAAAGUUUCUAUAGAAAAUUAAAGUUUGUCGCUAAGGUGGUUAUAAAUAGAGAAGAAAUAACUUCGGAAUUGUUAAAAAAUUGCAACGUAUUGAUUCUGCCCGGAUCGCAAAUGAUUUUCGAGGAAAACGAAUUGAUGGUAAUGCAGAAUUAUAUUGAAAAUGGUGGAAGGAUUUUAGUAUUGCUUACAGAAGGCAAAUCUGACGAUCCAUCGAAUGUAAAUAUUCUUUUAGAGACUUUUGGUAUAGUACCUAAUCAAGACUGCCUCAUAAGAACGCAUUAUUAUAAAUAUUUCCAUCCAAAAGAAUGCUACAUUGCGGACGGUCAAAUAAACUCUACGCUGAAUAAGAAUAAAGAAGACAUUAAGUUGGUUUAUUCAUUUGGUUGUACCUUGAAUGUAAUGAAACCCAGCGUUAUAUGUUUUAAGAGUGGGUUUGCCACAUUUCCGGUGGACUGUCCUCUAGGAGCACUUUACUACGACGAAAAAACCGGAGGCAAGCUUGUGGCAAUUGGUUCUGGACAUAUAUUUUCAGAUAAAUACAUUGAUCAAGAAAAUAACGACAAAUUUCGGGAAAUGUUGUGGGUUUUCCUAAACGAUAACGAACGUGUCCACUUUUUACCUACUGAUCACGAUGAUAUCGAAGUCACUGAUCGAAACAUAGUACCAGAAACGGCAGAGCUAGCUGAAAAACCCAAACUGUGCUUAACCGAUGUGGUUAGUAACACUUCAGUGAUAGACUAUACAAAACUUUUUGAUCACAAGGUAUAUUCAAUGAACACAAAUCUCGUACCAGAGACACUGAAACUAUAUGAUGACCUUGGAGUUAAACAUGUGCCUUUGAAGAUUAUUACUCCAAAAUUUGAAGCACCAUAUCCAACACUACAAGCUGCAGUGUUUCCUCCUUGCUUCAGAGAGUUGCCACCACCCUGUUUGGAACUGUUUGACCUCGAUGAGGCUUUCAGUUCAGUAUUUUCGAAGUUGGCUCAGUAUACUAAUAAAUAUAUCACGUCAGAACUGGAUGUAAAUGAUUCUGAUGGCAAAUAUUUAGAGAAUUUCAUUGUUAGAUGUUCUAAAAUGAUUGACGGUAAUUCCACAGACAUGGCAAAAGAUUUUUUGUAUAAUAUAGGAAAAGAUAUAGCAGACUUUAAGAGUAUAGAUCACAUUAAAUAAAACCUACUUAAGCACUUCAUUACUAAGUUAUAAGUUAAACUC